UCUUGCGUCUAUGCCCAGAAAGUGAACAUUAUUUUUUGAAUAAUCCUGUUUAUGAACAUGAAAAAUGGCGGCGCCCAAUUGUUCAACUUUUGGUGACUGAACAUUUUAUAUCAUUUAUUUUCAGUGUAGGAAAACAAUGGCAACUUACGUAGAAAGCGAAGACGAUAAGGGGCAAGAAGGUAUAAUUCGCUGUAUAUUUCUUUCCGAGUUCCAUCAUAUAGCCGGCCCAAAAAUUACUUGUCAAGUACCAGAAAAUGUGGUAUCGAAAGACAUUUUUGAUAAUGUCAGUGUAUAUAUUAUCCCAAAGGCGCAGCUUCAGAGGAGCACGAUCACGGUUACAAUGAAAGACUUCAAGAUUUUAGGAUUUCCUGUUAAGAUAGACAACAAGAAGUAUGCAAGGAAUGCAUUUUAUUUCAACUUAUGCUUUGUUUGCGAUGCAGAAGCUCGCACUGUGCAUUACGAACCAGUAGUUAAGAAGAUAUCUGAUUUUCUGAUGGCUCUGGAAAUUGAAAAUGGUUUUCUAUCAGCCUCGGAAGAUAAGUCCCGGCUUGCAGAGAUGUUGACGCAAGUAAUGCAGGAUCUAAAUAUACGUAAAAUGUGCACAUUAAUGGAGGGAACCAUGACGACUCAUUUAAAAGUAGUAAGACUGGCACCGGAACCCAAGCCAGUGUUAGAUCAUCAAGUACCGAUAUUUUUAGAAGGCAGAGAAGUAUUCCGGAGUGAUCAGUGGGAUUUGACGACGCAACAAGUACUACCUUACAUUGAUGGAUUUAAUCAUGUUGCACGUAUCGCUGCAGAAGCUGAUGUUGAGAAUAAUUUAGUCAAGAGCUGCGUGCAGAAUCUUGUGUAUUACGGAGUGGUUACUCUUAUACCAAUAUUUCAGUACAGCAACGUCUAUGCCACGACACCCAAGUUAAAAAAAUUAGCAGACGAUAGUGAAUUACAAAGAAAAUGCAUAGCGUAUGCUUCCAAAUCUCGUACGCAACCAGCUUAUCUGAGAGAUAUUUAUCGAAUGUACGCGAGUAUGACACAUGGGAAUAGCAUGAGAGAUCUCUGUCAAAGACUCAAUCCUCAAACAUUGCGAAUUAAUGAGAGAAGACUGGUACAAUUUGGUUUGAUCAAAGGACUGAUUCGUCGUGUUUACAAGUAUCCUAUACAUAUAUCAAUUGGUGUCAAUGAUGACAGUCGAAGCAACCCAAUUUAUAAAUAUUUCACCGGGGCGUAUAGUCUGGAUGAGAUUUGUUGUAGCACAGGCCAAUCUACAGCACAAAUUGAAGAUAUCGUUGAACGAGAUCCGAAUGUUGUAAUGCUGUGGAAGUAAACUAAAUCAAAUUAUUGGAUUCUGCUUGAGUGAAUAAAUUCCAGUUCCGUCACUCGAUUGCACAUGGUUGGUAAUCCGAGAUAUAACUGACCAAGUGGAUAAAAAACUCGUGGACCUGUUAAGUGGUGAAUAUGAAUAAAAAUAGACGAAUCGUUAGUAUGCAAAAAGUAUAUGAAAACUAAAAGAAGUGUAGAAAAAGUGAGCAACUAUUCUUCGAUAAGUUUUAAAGGGAU